AUGACAGUCGCCACUACUUUGGCUCGGUCGUUCUCGUCCGACAGCAACGACGUCGCCAUCCUGGUUCCCAAGACCCCCAAGACUCCCGCCCCCCUGUCGAUUUCCUACUCUCAGCUGCAUGCCCAGGUCGCCAAUUUCCAGGCCAAGCUGGCUAACCUGGGAGUUACCCACGGUGGUGCAGUGUCACUGGCUCUCGUCAACUCUUACGAGUUCAUCGUCGCCUUCCUAGCGGCGUCAUGGCAGCGCGCCAUCGCCGCUCCGCUCAACCCCGCCUAUAAGCAGGAGGAGUUUGAGUUCUACAUCGACGAUCUCAGCUCGACCCUGGUGCUGAUUCCCCGGGGGUCGUUUGUGCAGAAUGGUCCGGCCGUCCGGGCGGCGAGGAAAUACAAUGCGGCGAUCGCCGAGUGCUACUGGGAUGGUGCGGAAAUCGUUCUAGAUGUCAAGGAGCAAGGGAAGCUGGCUGGCAAUCGAGGUGUCGGGGUCCACGAUGCGCAGCCCGAUGACGUUGCUCUCGUGUUGCAUACCAGUGGAACGACUGGCAGGCCCAAGGCCGAAUCUCACUACCACGAUGAGUCCGUGACUUCCCUCGAUCCUGUCGCCGUACCGUUCCUGAUAAGCUCAACUAACCACAAUGUAGAAAAUAUCCGCGAUACGUACCAAUUGACGCCGCAAGAUCGCACCUACCUGGUGAUGCCGCUGUUCCACGUCCACGGUCUCUUGGCAGCCUUCCUGGCGCCUCUCUACGCCGGGGGAUCGGUGAUUGUGCCGGAAACGUUCUCCGCCUCGCACUUCUGGUCGGACUUUGUCACCUACCAGGCCAACUGGUACACGGCCGUGCCCACCAUCCACCAAGUCCUCCUCAAGACCCCCUUGCCCAACCCCAUCCCCCAGAUCCGCUUCAUCCGCUCCUGCUCCUCCCCACUAUCCCCAAAGACGUUCCAGGAUCUGGAACGAACGUUCAACGCCCCGGUCCUGGAAGCGUACGCCAUGACCGAGGCCGCCCAUCAGAUGACCAGUAACCCGCUUCCCCCGGGCAAGCGACAACCUGGUAGUGUCGGGAUCGGCCAGGGCGUGGAGAUCAAGAUCCUCGACCAGGCGGGCAAAGAGGUGCCGCAGGGCAACGAGGCCGAGAUCUGCGUGCGCGGCGAAAACGUCACCAAGGGAUACCUGAACAACCCGGCGGCCAACCAAUCAUCCUUCACGCCAAAUGGGUUCUUCCGCACGGGCGACCAGGGCAAGCUGGAUGCGGACGGCUACGUGAUCAUCACUGGACGUAUCAAGGAACUUAUCAACAAGGGCGGCGAGAAGAUCAGCCCUAUCGAGCUGGACAACACCCUCCUGCAUCAUCUCCAGGUGGCAGAGGCCGUGUGUUUCGCCAUCCCGGAUGAGGGCCAUUACGGAGAAGACAUUGGGGCGGCCGUGGUGCUGAAGGGUCGCGACGUCGCGACAGAAGAGGAGCUGAAGGCCUGGGUGGAGAGUAAAUUGGCCAAAUUCAAAACUCCGAAGAAGGUCUGGAUUGUAGCGCAGAUCCCCAAGACCGCCACGGGCAAGAUCCAACGACGCAAAGUAGCAGAGACGAUGUUGACGCCAAAGGCGAAACUAUAG